AUGCUUAUGCUUGUGCCAACUGGGGCGGGACCAUGGAAUGGCGGUGUGGAAGUCGUGAGCCUUGAAGCCGUGUUCAAAUUGAUCAGAGUGUUCUUCAGACGUGCUGUGCUGAAAGCUGUCUGCAUCUGCGUCUGCAUCCGCGUCUGCAUUGCACGGCUCCGUCAGAUCUGUGCCUCGUCCUCGCAGUAUUCCCUCUUCCUCUCGGUACUCCCUCUAUCUCGCAAGCUCAGCAUAAAGACAGGACCACGUCGAGUUGGAGCUGUGGUACUCGUGCGUCUGAAACCUUUGUGCCUGAAGGGCGAGAACGAGCAUGGGUGGUGCCGCAGCAGUGCGUUCUCUCUCUCUAGGUGCUAUGACGAUGAGUACCGGGUAUAUCGUAACAUCGUCCAAUGUACGCAGUGGGCAAGCGUUCGAUUCGUUAGGCACGACGAGUCCGCUGGAGGCUUAGGAAGUAUGUAA